UUUAUGGUAUUGUUAAAAACAUCAAAACAAUAGACGCUCCUGAUGUUAAACUGAUAAUAAAUACCAAUGACUAAGUACUUAUCCGGAACAUAAACGAGGCCUGCCACGCAUUUUCGACGCUAGUUAAUAAUAUGACAGCAUGCAUGGCGGAGAUAUAAAGAUCUAUUGUCACAUUACAAGAGAGAGAUGUUGGAGUAUUCUUUGUCGUGUCUCGAUGGCUGAGGUGAUCUCUGACCGAAGCACCGCAUCAGUCACCCAUCUCUGACCGAAGUAUAGGCGCGCAGACACACACAUUUGUCCGCCGCAGGAUCCAGCCACGUUAGCUGUCGUUUUUACCCUCCGAAAUGAAAAUCAAUAAAAACAGGCUGUCCCUUUGCAGCCAACCUUGUAGUCUCCGGCGAUGAACCAGCUGCGCUGCUAGCUUCCAAGUAGUGAGCAGAGCAAAGCAGAGCUGGAUGCGUAGCCUGCCGCCUCGAUGAAGAUGUAUCCAUGUACGUACACGUGGACAAAAAGGAACCGGAACCAGAACCAGACGCGCAUCUCACUUGAGCUCUGCUUUGGUAACUUGCGUGCUUCUUUGUGCGUACAUCCACCAACGCAGCAUAUAUAUUGGACACCGGCAGUUGCUGCACAAGGCCAUAUCAGUUUUGUUCUGACCGUAGUAGCUCCAGCUUCCAUCUUCCUGCGUGCGCAACAAGACGUCCACCACCGUUGUCGCUUCGUUUAAUUGAGCUGGACGCAAUUGGAAACCCUAUAAUCUCUCCGGCGAACAACCAUAUUAGUAGCGGUCGAUCGGGAUGGGCGAGGCAAGCUCCGACGCCGCCACCAAGGCUACGGCCGUGCGGGCUGUCACCGUCUCCCGGGUUGCGCCGUCGGUGCACGGCGUGGAACGCGUGAAACUUUCCUUCUUCGAUUCGCCGUGGGUCGUGCUGCCGCCGAUCCAGCGGGUGUUCCUGUACGAGCUUGGGGAUGCCGACGGCUUCCCGGCGGUGGUGAACCGGCUCAAGCGGGCUCUCUCGGACACGCUGGCGCAUUACCUGCCCCUGGCGGGGAUGCUUGAGUACGCGGUGGAUACCGGGGACGCCUUCGUGGACUGCACCAACGCGGGGGUCGCCUUCCUGGAGGCCGAGGGCGAUAUGGAUGUGCCGCGUCUAGCCGGCGACGAGGCGCACGACAUCCUGGCAUUCCUGAACCUGGUUCCGGAGCUGGAUGCCCGGGUGCUCCCGGCGCCCGUGCUGUCAGUACAGGCCACUCGUCUAGGCGGCGGCCUGGCGGUGGGCCUGUCCGUGCACCACGCAGUCGCGGACGGACGCGCCGUGUGGCGAUUCAUGGAGGCCUGGUCUUCCGCCUCCCGCGAGGGCUCCCCAGUCACCAAGGUCCUCGGCCCGCCACACUAUGGCCGGGAGGUCAUCCCGCACCCCCCCAACGGUGACGAGCUCGCCCGCGAGAUGCUCAAGACAGUCGCGCCCAAUCUCCCUGUGGUGAGGGGGCAGUACGACUUCAGCCAGAGGUUCCUCCGGGCGCGCCGGACCUUCUACCUCGGCAUCGACGACAUCCGGUCGCUCAGGCGGCGGAUCGACGACCUCGCCUCGGCCGACUCUGCUGCCGACGCGCCCAAGCCGAAACCAGUGUCGACGUUCGUGGCUCUGGCGGCACUGAGCUGGACGGCGUUUGUCCGUUCCAAAGGGCUAGGUACAGGGGACGACACGUACCUCAUGUUCCUCGCCGACCUGCGCUCCCGCCUCGACCCGCCUGUCAGCGAGGCCUACCUCGGCAACUGCGUGCGCGCGUGCCUCGCGACCUGCGCCGACGCGGCGGACCUCCUCGGCCAGUCGGGCAUCCUCCGCGCGGCGCGGGCUGUGCAGGCGGCGGUGGCGGAGAUGGAGGCGGCGCCGCUGUCCGGGACGGACAAGGGGUGGAUGCAAAUGCUGAUGCGGCUGCCGUUUCAGCGGAUGACCAACGUGGCGGCGAGCCCUCGGUUCCGGGCAUACGACGCGGCUGACUUCGGGUUUGGGAAGCCCGCGCGCGUGGAGCUGGUGUCCAUGAACCACGACGGCGAGAUGGUGCUAGUCGGCGGCCGGACCCACGGCGAGGUGCAAGCCUCCGUGUCGAUCGACCCGGCGCACAUGGACGCAUUCAAGGCCUGCAUCCUCGGCUAGACAAACCCAAAAGAUUGAGACAGAUAAUUAGCUUGUAGCCACGUAUGCCGUCGAAAUUGCAUAGAUCCAAUAAUACAAACUACUACUCUUCUGUAAACUAAUAUUAGAGUGUUUAAAUUACUAAAAUAUUAUUCUAAAUGCUCUUAUAUUGGUUUAAGGUGAA